AUGACGGUGAAGAAGAGAGGCUGGUACUUCGGUGCCGACCCGAACCAGGAUCUCGAAGCACAAGGUCUCGACUGGAUGUUGAAGAGGAUGCUAGGCUCGAACCAGGGGAAGAAGAUGCGCAGAGGUGACCAGUGGCAGUCGAGACUGGUGGCCAACUAUCUCCGGAGGGUGGACAAGUUCAGGGAGCUGUUCAUAUUCUGCGUGCACGUCUUGAGCGGCCAGCCCGCCAGAGGAACCGAGAUCACCAGUCUGCGCUUCCGCAACGGAGUGGCCAACCACCGCAACGUCUUCGUCUUGGACGGCAGAGUGAUGACGGUGACGAGCUACCACAAGUCACAAGCAAUGCUCGACAUGCCCAAGAUGGUGCCACGCUUCUUGCCGUGGAAACUGGGUCAGAUCGCGGUCAUCUAUCUCACCCACGUGCGGGCGUUCGCCGAGUUGCUGUCGGUGCAGGUACAGUACGGUCAAGGAUGGAGUGACUACAUCUGGGCGGACUCGCACGGCCCGUGGGAGACGCAGAAGCUCACCGACACGAUGAAACGAGAGACGGCCAAACGACUGAAGGCCAAGCUACACACCCAGAACUACAGACACGCCGCCGUCUUUCUAGGCAGGAGAUUCGUCGGACCGAGGUUCGCCAAAGGCUACCGAGAGGAGGCCGAAGAUCCGGAAGAAGCCCAGGCGGGUGAUAUGGAUGACGAUCUCGAGGAGGGCAACGCGAUCGAGCUACAGAAAGCCGGCGGCUUCGGCACCGGAGCCGGCAGAUACGCGGUCAGAGCGGACAUCUUGAAGUAUCUCAACCAAGAGUCGAUCGACAUCUUCGGCGAUCUCAGCGAAAGCUGGCACAGGCAGCAGAAGGAGAUCGAAGACUUGCGGAUGAAGCUCAAGGCACAAGAAUUCGAACUGACAAGACUUCGAGGAGAGGAGCUGCAGCAGGGACGACAGCAACCCAUGACCCCCAUCGUUGGCUUGGGCAUCUACUCGAACAACAACAACAACGGAAUGCCGACCCCGGUGACAGAGGGAAACAGGCACGACUCACACAACGAUGAUGCCAACGACAAGAACGACAGCAACGAAGUCAUCUACAUCGACGAUGACGAUAAUGAUGACAACCACCACGACGAAUCCAGGUACUCUCCAAGGUGCAGCGGCAGGAACCACCAACAGCAUCUGCAGCAGCACGUAGACGACAGUCCGAUCAUCGAACGAAGCCGAAGAAGGCGCGAGAGGCUGCAACGCUACAGAAGACCGACGGCACAGGAAAAGGAGAGGGCUAUACGCAAAGCACUCAAGAAACCAAUGGACGACGACGCGGUGACGAUCAGAUACAGAUCGAAAGCACAAGGAGAAGCGCUCGGGAGAAUCAUGGACGGUGGGUUCAACGUUCUCACCGUCGUUCUGCCGACAGCCGGAGGCAAGACUCUACUCUUCACCGCACCCGCUUGUCUGGAAGAAGACGUCGGGGUGACCAUCGUGGUGGUACCGUUCCGCAAGCUCAUCGACGAGACGGUGCGAGAAGCACAAAAGACGGUGGGUGACUGUGAAGAAUGGAGUCACAGCACCGUCGAUCCAGCAGCUCUCGUGGUCGUCAGCGUGGACAAGAUGCACGAUCACUUCUGGUCGUACGCACGGCAGAUGGCGGAGCAGGGCCGACUGAGACGAGUGGUGGUGGACGAGUGCCACUUGCUGGUGACUUCGCACAGCUGGAGACCGCAUCUCGUGGAGCUGGAGAAGCUCAAGUCACUAGGAGUACCGAUGGUGAUGCUGACGGCCACACUCCCAAGGUACAUGGAGGUCGAGCUACGACGAAGUCUAGGUAUCGGCAUCGGAAUGAUGUCGCUCAUACGAGCAUGCACGGUGAGGGAGAACAUCACUUACACCGUCAGACAGGACAUCGGCAAAGGCAAGCUGGUCGAAGAGACGGCCAGAGUGUGCGAAGAGGUCGCCGACGAGCUACGGAGCACCAGGAAAGAGAAGGCCGUCGUCUACUGCCGAAGCAAGAAAGACUGCGAGGAGAUGGCGGAAAAGCUAGGCUGCGGCUUCUUCUACGCCGGACACGUCGACGGCGGGGAAACGCUAGAGCAGUGGAAGGCGAACGGCGGCUUCAUCGUGUCGACGACAGCUCUCAGCACCGGACUCAACUACGAGGCCGUCAAGGCGGUCAUCCACUCGGGACUGCCAUACGGACUGAUCGAGUUCGCCCAAGCAUCGGGCAGAGCGGGUCGAGAUCCCAACGAGAGAGUGGACUCGAUCGUACUGCUGGAGCAAGGGUGGGAGGAAGAAGAGCAAGGGACGCGGGAGCGUUACAACGAGGCACUCGGACCGGACGGAGCAGCGAUGAUGGAGCAGUCCGAGCUGGAAAAGGAGAUGGUCGAAGAGGCUCUAGACGAGAUGAAGCUCGGCUGUCCGAUGUGUUGGAUGAAGUCAGAAGAGAAAGACUCACAUCUGGAGCACGGUGGCCGGGAGUGCGAGAGUCGAGAGCUGACGGUGACAGACGAGGCCGACGAAACGACAAUUGUCGAUGUUGACACAUUCCGGAAGCAGAUCAAAUACGCAAAGGCGAGCAAGGCUUGCAGGAAGUGCGGCAUCAACCAGAGGAUGUGCAACACCAGGGAAGACGCCAAACGAAAAUGCCAGUGGCCCGGCAUAGCAGUACCGGUGUUGAUGACAGCAGUUCGAGAUCCGAUCGGGAGGAACAUCAUCCGAAAAGCCGGCUUCGAACCGAAUCGAGUGGUGGAAGAGGAGAAGGAGGGGUGGAAGGCUUACGCAGCGUGGUGCGGCCAGGCCAGAGACAGGCGGAUAUGGGGAGAGAUGAUGAGCAAUUCGAUGUGGGUGGUGAAGGAAUUUUUGGUUUACAAGAGUGGGGAGAGGAUGAGGCAAUUCGAUGAUGGCGGUGGUGAUGAGAAUCCCCCGAGUGUCGAAACGUCCGAUGUGCUCGGAUAUCAGCAGCAGAGAAGGGUUCGAAGCAAAGCUAUCGAUGUACAGAGGUUGUUGCACGGUUUGCACAGCACGAUCGGGCAAGACGGAGCGCAGGCACACGUCAUGGAGGACUUGUCCACUGGUCAAGACGUUAGGACUGGUAGAGAAAAUGGAAGAGAUGGAUGGGAAACUGGCCAGGACGAAGAUGGAAGGGUCGUCGGGUUGCAACAAAUGCUGGAGACCAUGCAUGCUGUGUGA